CACACACACACACACGGGACUACAUGUGGACAAGUGGCCAUGGCUGUGUCAGCUCCCGUUAUCCCGCCGCCCCCUCUCACGCCCACCUCCCCCCCGGUGUCGGGGGGCUUGUUCCGCACCGACUCCGUGUACGGCGGCGGUGGUGGCGGCGGCGGCAUCAGCCCCUCCGAGUCGCCGAGACUCGGCCACGUUAGCAACAACAACAACAGCAGCGGCGGCGGCGGCGGCGGCAUCAUCAUCAACAGCGGCGGCGGCGGCAACAACAACAACAGCGGCGGCGGCGGCGGCAACGAGUGUAAGAUGGUCGAGCUCCGCGGGGUCAAAGUGGCGUCUUUCACGGUGGACGGGCAGGAGUUGAUCUGUCUGCCGCAGGUUUUCGACCUCUUCCUCAAGCACCUGGUGGGCGGCUUACACACGGUUUACACCAAGUUAAAGAGACUGGAUAUAACGCCCGUGGUCUGCACGGUGGAGCAGGUCCGGAUCCUGCGGGGGCUGGGGGCCAUCCAGCCCGGGGUCAACCGCUGCAAACUCAUCUCCAGGAAAGACUUCGAAACUUUGUUCAACGACUGCACCAACGCCAGCUCGAGACCUGGGAGGCCCCCAAAACGCACCCUGAGUGUAACUUUGCCAGAAAAUUCUCGCAUCUUGCCCCACGCAGUCCAGAGUCUGUUAUCACCAGGAAUCAUCUCACCAACAGGUUUAACUGCAGCAGCCAUGGCUGAAGCGAUGAAGUUGCAAAAGCUGAGACUUGCAGCAAUGAAUAAUCUUCAUGGUAAUGGUACUCAAAAUGGCACAGAGUCUGAGAAUGAAGAACUGAAUUCCAGUGCGGGUGGAAGUGAAUCUUCGUGGGACAAGGAGAAACUCCAGUCACCCACUACCACAGGGUCACAGCAUGUAGUCAGCCACGCCACAGUGUCUGGUCAGCACAGUCUCGCAGCCACACACCCGCUUAGUCCACUCCAGCAGAACCACCUGUUAGCCAACAGACUAGAGUUGCCAUUCAUGAUGAUGCCCCACCCCCUCAUCCCAGUCAGUCUACCUCCUGCUUCAGUUACCAUGGCAAUGAGCCAGAUGAGUCACCUCAGCACCAUAGCUAACAUGGCUGUGGCAGCCCAAAUGCACAGUCCCCUUUCUCGAGCAGGAUCUUCAGUGAUUAAGGAGCGGGUUCACAAUAGCCCAUCUCCAGCACCCUCCCUUGAAGACAGUCACCGACCAAGAAGUCACCCCUCUUCACACCAGAGUAGCAGUGUGUCCAGUUCACCAUCUCAACAUGACAUUGCUGCUGACAGAAUAUCUGGCCUGCCUGGGACUAGAGACGGGGAGCACGUUGAUCAUGAUAAUGGACCCAAUAUAAAGAGAAGCCAAAAGGAGAAAGGGAAAGAGGGAUACCAUCACGGAAAACUUAUUUGGAGAAAUUGGAAGGAUGAGACACAACUUGUGAUGCCAGCAAUCAGAACCAGCAUUGAGAAGUUUCACAUGGCUGGACAGGCUUUGCCCCCUGGGUUCCCAGCACCAUUUUUAUUUGCUGACGGAUUGUCUUCAAUAGAAACUUUACUAACGAACAUUCAGGGUCUGUUGAAGGUGGCUGUAGACAAUGCACGUGUGCAGGAAAAGCAGAUACAGCAGGAGAAGAAAGAACUCAAGCUGGAGCUCUUCAGGGAGAGAGAAAUGAGAGAAACUUUAGAGCGGCAACUUACUGCAGAACAGCAUAAUAGAGCAACAAUUCAAAAGCGACUGAAGAAAGAGAAAAAGGCAAAGAGGAAAUUACAAGAAGCGCUGGAGUUUGAGUCAAAGCGACGGGAACAAGUGGAGCAGGCUUUACAACAAGCAACGUCCUCAGAAAAUCUCAGGGUUCUCAAUGAUGCAGUAAUGCCUGAGAUAGAAGCUGAACACUGUGGCACUCAGCUCGAAACACCAGCAGUACCAGAUAGACCAUACAUGAAGACAUCUAUCAUGUACUGAGAAGAGGCUAUUUCUACUGACCUGAGCCAUGUACUGAAAAUACUUCCACACUCCAGUGAAACCAGGACUAGGUACAGUAUGUACUUGAAGCCACUUCCCUAUGAAGCAGCCUCAGUUGCCUGCUUUACCUCCAGUACUGCUAACUUACAAGGAAAAAAAAGAAAAUAAUUUCUGAUCUACUCCCAAUGUGAUGGAUCGAUGCUGCAGCCUCACCUGGGCUGUAGGUAAUAUUGCCAAAAUGUAGCAAAGAAACAUGGUAAUGUUUUUAUAACAAGUUUGCUGCAUCAGACCAUGAAUAUUGCAAGAAACAUGCUCGGUUGGUCAAGGAAAAAGUGUGUCAUGCUAUUUCAAAACCCACGUGAAGGGCCAAUUCAGAUUGCAGACUGAAACUACAGACUUACAGUGAAUUUACAGCACAACACGGUUGAUCUAAGGCCGGUGACUUUCAAUCGGCUCUCAAGAAGACAACUAAGGAACACUUUGUAAUGGCCGAAGGAAUUCUGCAAACAAUAUAUGUUCAUUGUAAAUUAAUAAUAAAACUUUCUCUGUACAAGCCGGUCUACUUUAAGGACCUUUUAAAAGCAAAGAGGAGGAUGAAAAAAAAUAACCGAAAUGCUUUGCAGAAAGACAACCUCCUUCAGUUUUGUGAGCCAUCUACAAGAAAAGGAUGGAUUUAUCAUUAACAUCUUUUACACUCAGCUCAAGUAUUGGGGGGAAAAAAAGUAAAAUAUAUGCAGUAGAAUGUUGGGAAUUGAAACUUUUUAAUGGCUAGUUGCUUGUAUUCUCUACCAUGCUCUCAUUUAAACUAUUUAGUUGAAAGCUCAAAUACUGAGCAAAAAGGAACAGGAAUGUUAAAUAGUAAACUAUGAUGUUAAUAGAAAUUUCAGUUUGUCUUUUGUCCUUGCAAAAUUGUUCCCAAAACGUUAUCCCCUGCUGUUCAGAUUGGAUUGACAGUAAAAAAUGGUGCUGAUGUUAAUUAUUAAGUUUAUAGCUUUGUAGUGAAAUAAAAAUACCACAAACUCACUGCAUAUCACCUGCAGGCAUUGUUAAAAUGUACACAAGCAACUUAAAUACUUAAUGCUGCACUGUGGUAAAUGGCUUCUGUCUGCAUCCGGUCAGAAAAGAAACAUGUUCCAAUGUAAUCAUCACUUUAAAUGGAGAAAUGAAUUGUAAAUAACUGGAAGUAAAUUAAGAUAGUGUGCUGUUGGGUAAUGUAGAUCAUUUAUAUUUUUGCUUCAGUUAACUGCCUUAUUAAUGAUUUAUGGAUGUGUGUACAGCUGGAGAAACAGCAAAGUUUCACUCUUUCUCACUCAAAGAGAAGUAAAAUCUGGAAAAAUUCCAGUCCUUGCUUCGAGGGAGGGGACAAAAUUGUUGCAGGAAUUUUAAAUGAAUAUCACAGAAGAGGCUCAUGUUUCAAUAACAUUUCACACUGCAGGACCUGGUGGGGGUUUUUUGUGAUAUAGUUUGCACUGCCGGAUCUGCUGAAAGAACAGGGAGGUUCUAUUUGUGGAGGCGAUGCUCAUCUUGUUGGUUUGUGACAAAGGACUUCAUGCACCAGCACUGUGAACAAAAGCCAUCAAUGAUUUCACAGAAAAUAUACUUCCCUAUAGAAUAACAACUGGUGACUUGGAGCGAGGAUCUUGUACAUACAUCCGUCAGAUGUUAGGGCAGUUUGCUUCAUAUGUAAAUAACUAUAGAGUUUCACAUUUGGGCAUGUAAAAUAUUCAUUUGUUCCUAAAUUUUGCCACUGAAUGACCCCUUCACCCUACUAAGCUGCCCAAAUGGGAUUCAUUCAAGGUCCCUUUCCAACAAUUAAACCUUACUCAGGUAAUAGAAAGCCCGAAGUUCUGUACACAUGCAAAGAAGAUCCUUUAUUUGCAAGAGGAAUUAUUAACAGUAAGAGCUACUGUAUUUUAAAUAUGUUUCUUCAUGAUGUUCAAACAUGGGAAGUGGUGGCAGAUGGUGCAUGCACAAGUGGAGAUUAGAUCAGAUAUCCAUCUCCAUUAAUAACUGUUUUAUUGAACAGGACUUACUCAGCACAAUGUUCGAACACUAGCUGAAUGAAAAGGUCACCUUAUUAAAAUUUUCAGUUUCUGUAGAACAUCAUAACUUUGAAAGAAAUGAUCAGAGUCCCAGUACUACAAAGGGCUACAUGAGAGCUAGCUUUGAGCCUACACAUAAUCUACAUAUUUACUCCAUUGCAACAUUAUCAGUGAAAUGGUUUAAAGUGCCAUGGACAUUUUUUUUGUGUGUGCGACUUGUAGCUGUUAUUUGAACUGAAAUUGCAACAGCUACACUGGGCUACACGGCUGUUUCGGUCUCGCUUUCUCUGCUACACCGUGUGCACAAACAUGGCUGUUCUUCACAGUCUCUCGGUUGUGUGCUUCCCUCAUGUGACAACAUUCAGAGCUCAAGAACCUCUGUCCCCAAGAGUGAGGGCACUUAUUGUGAUGAGCAAGCAGAUUGUAGAGCUGCUCAUCACUGACACUCCCGUCUCAUUCAGUCCCUGAAGCCACAAGCGUCAUGAAUUAACUAACAUCCCAGCUUGAACAUUUGCUUCUCGGUUUUGGUUGCUCAAGUGUUUCUAGUACGCAUCAGAAAUAAGUCUUCUGUCUUACCACAAUUCCAGCUACCAUUAUAUUUAGAUUUUAAAGCUUUUCAAAGUAACUGCGAGGAGAUCACACAAGUCAGGCCCAGGGAUGAGAGGGGGAGAAAGAAAAAAGAAAAGAAUGUGGAUGGCACAGAGAUGAGGGAUGAGACAAAACCAGUCACGUCUCAGUAUCUUGUGAGGUGUUUAACUAAACGAUGUACAACAGUCCUCAACUGAGUAAAAAAUUAACAUUUGAAUCAGGUACAGUUUAUGACUGCAGUUAUUUCCUUUAAUGUAACAGUUAUUGUAUUCUGAAUAUUUUAACAUUGGUAGCUUAAUGCUUUUUUUGCUGGAAAAACAAAAUUAAAAAAAAAUGUUUGGAUUCAUUGCUGAUUCGCUGUUGAACGUGGCAAAAAAAAUAAAAACACUCAAGUGGGGAUCAUAUUUAGAGAAAGGAAAAAAAGAGAAUUUAAGAGUAUCUGGCAACAAUGAUGUUUUACCAGUAAAUAGUCAUUGCAAUCUUAUACCUACUGGCCAGAUGCUGGAUAUUCUCUGCACUUCAUACUGGCUUUUUUAAAGUUGUGAAGCAACAAUUUGCACACACCACCCCCACACCCCCGCCCAGUGCUAACAAAUGUAUUUUCUUUCUGAAAGGUAAACCAGCAGAUGUUUUCAUUCAAUAUACGCAUCUAAGAGACCCUGCUGUUUUUAUAUAAUGGUUCCCUACCUGAGCCACAGGCCAGUAUUUUAUGUUUAUUCCCCCCACCCCACACUUUCUGCCAGCAAAUUAAAAGAAUUACAGAAUGCUGUAAACACACUGUUUUUACUUCAAGCUUCUCUGCCAGUCCUUAAAUUAGAUCAAACUGAAGGUAUCUUCACUCAAUUUAUAAUGAUCAAAGCUUCAUGAAAUAACUUUUGAGAUUAAAACUUGCAAAGGAAUAAUUUCAGUUCAUGCCAACUGUUGAGUGUUCACACAUUUCUUUGUAUAAUACCAAUCAAUGGUGAUCAACUGUGAAGUAGAAAAUAGCCACACCUGAAUCUGAUUUGGCCUGAUACAAAUCAUAAGCAUUUCCAUUGGAAUAGUGGGUACACCACCAAUUAAUGGAGGUGCAAUCGUCAAUUGAAUGCACUUAACUCCCAAUGAGCUCCAAAGGCUGCUUUGAAAUAACAUGUUUUUUCUCGAAAUGCUCACUGCAUAGCAUUAAAAAUACAAGGUUUGGGGUAGAGACUGACAUCAGGUUUUCUUUAAGGGUGAUUUAUUCAAGCCUGGGUAAAGAACAUUGUAUUUAAAAAAACAUACUAGACCAUACUUCUCCAAUGGGACUUUCUUAAAGUUCCAAUGAGAAGCAGGAAAGUUAACUUUUGGCGUGAUAAGAUGUAUUUGAUUAAUCUAGUGUCUGAAAGAUCUUUCUAACUUACUGUUGCAGGGUACCACAUUCAUCAAUAGUAACAACACAUUGGCUUGUUUACCUCCCAAGUAAUCAAAGCGAACUCUUAACAGCAUCUGAAUCUGAUUUAACGCUGGGGACUGAAAUGUAACUAAAUGAUAUUGAACAUUUUAUUCUGACAGUGUACAAACACAGCAAUUUGAGCUGCCUCGGGCUAUCCAGUUAUUAAAAAUAAACACGUUUGUUGUAUUCUCACCAAUAAAAUGAAUUGGAAAUGGACCAACUAA